AUGCAGGAAUUAAAGCGAAACUUCAGCAGCGGCAACCAUCCCCGGGACGCCCGGUCUCCAACGGAGGACGGAGUGGAGCAGACGGCGAUCAAAGUUUCCCUCAAAUGUCCAAUCACGUUCAGACGAAUCCAGCUGCCAGCCAGAGGCCACGACUGCAGGCACAUACAGUGCUUUGACCUGGAGUCUUAUUUGCAACUGAACUGUGAAAGAGGGACGUGGAGGUGUCCUGUGUGCAAUAAAACGGCUUUGCUCGAAGGCCUGGAGGUCGACCAGUACAUGCUCGGGAUUCUGGUCUACAUACAGAGUUCGGAUUAUGAGGAGAUCACCAUCGACCCGGUGUGCGGCUGGAGGCCGGUUCCGGUGAAGCCUGACCUCCACAUAAAGGAGGAGCCCGACGGCCCGGUCCUGAAACGCUGCCGCACAGUCAGUCCGAGUCACAUGGUCCUGCCGAACGUGAUGGAAAUGAUCGCAGCCCUGGGGCCCGCGUCGUCCCCGUACCAGAGUCUGAAUCCAGGGGGCAGGAACACCCCCGACUACAGCCGGCCAGGAAGCCAGGGAUUCUCCGGCCAAACAGGAUUCACAGACUUCCCCAACACUCCUGGGACCCCGACGCUCGGAGAGUACACCUCCUCCGGACCACCAGGCCCCCUCCCCUACCAGUCUGAGCAGGCGGCCCACUCUGGAGGAAUCGAACACUCGCACAGCAUCCUGCAGCAGCACGUAUCAGGAGUGCGUAACAGCCAGAGUCUAGGCGAGGCCGGCAGCCCGCUAGCACAGAGGAGCUCAGCUACACAGAACCCGCGGCUGCAGGGAGAAGGCGCCUUCGGCCUGGGCGCUUCAGCAGGGGAGGGGGCUGAUCACGCUCUCGAUCUUCUUCCUGAGCUGACCAACCCCGACGAGCUGCUGUCUUACCUGGGACCCCCCGACCUGCCGAACAACAACAACGACGACCUGCUGGCGCUGUUCGAGAACAACUGAGCUGCGUUGGGCGGGAGCCAUCAGCUGAAGAGGGCGGCCAGCCCCUGUGUGUGCAUACCAGUGUUUCUGUUUGUCUUUUGUCUUUAAGUGUCCUACUGUACUCUGAAGUCCUUUCAGUGCAGUGUAGAGGUGCAUGAAGGAACGUGGUGAGUGAAGAAGAAAGCGCCUAGCAGGCACUGACUUCACGGGCCAGCAUUUCAAACACAAGCACAAGCCUCAGACUGGAGGGGGGGGUGUUUAUGAGAAAGACGAUAGACGCUGAAGGAUGCUUACAUUAAUGUUGUGUAGCUGCUUCAUGUUAGAAUAUACGUUUAAAUUAUUUGGUCCAAAAGGAGCAGUUUCCCAUCUGUAGGCCUGUCACUGCAGCCCUAAGACCUCAGUGCAAGCAAAUUAUAAACCUUAUAGGCUUCAUACUGAAGAAAACAAAUUAUAUCUGGAGAUUAAAGGUCCUCACACAUACGACAACCAGCAAUAUUGUCACAAUAUGUAACUGAAAAUCUAUUUGAUGUAUUUGAAGAUGCAUCUCUGUGGUUUAGCUGACAUGAUUAAGUCUACCAGUUAAAAUAAGCUGCUUAUGUCUUUUCAAAUCAAGCACCCUAUUGGCUUAUUGACGGGAUGAGAUUGUCACGGAAUAAGCUCAAGUAGAAAUACCGCAGUAUAGAAUUUGCACAAAAAUGCACAACAUGAUGUUAAAAGGUUUUCUUUUUGACAGAAAUCCACUGAAUAGUUGUUUGAAGAAUGAUUCUUUGCACGGAAUGAUAUACCAAACUGGUAGUCCAGAGUUACCACUGCUGUUAUCACUGCUACUGGCUUUACGUAAGUGUAGGUGGCGUCCUGUACGGGGCGGGAAGGGAUGAUGUAGCAGACGCUGCUUUCAUCAGCCUCACUCCGGCUUUUAUUCCUCUCACAGCUGAAAAAUUGGCUGGUAGAAAGAAAAAAACAUUUUUAAACCAUCAACUUUGCUUUUUAAAGCUGCACUGUGCAACCUUUAGCCACUGGGGGCGCUAGACCUGUAACUUCCCAGUUUAGCACCUCUGAAGGCCGCUAGCAGACCACUUUGGAGCAGCAGAUUGAAACGUCAUGGGGUCUGUCCCAAUUCUGGGGCUGCAUCUUUCGAUGGGUGGACCACGAAAAAGAGAAGAUGGGCUUGUGAAGGCGGUCUAGCCUCCGCCGGCUGAGACAGUGCAAAGCAGCUGUGAAGCUUUAAGAGAACCCGAAGAUUAAUCCCACUGUCUCCACUGCUUUGUAAAGUACUACAUGUUUUUUAGUUUUUAUUUUGCGAGCAUUUUUAAAUCAAGCGAUAUGUCAACAAACUGAGCAAAUAUUUCAGUUUAGCAUAGCUAGCUUCACGCCUACAAACUUUUUAAAAGUUACUUUUAUGUAACAGAAAGCGUAAUAAAUCCAACUUUAUUCACAGUUUGAAUCAUGGUAUAGGAUUAGCCAUCCUUCAAAAUCGGGGAAAAGAAGGACACAUUGGUAGGCCGCAUUUGAAGGAGUCUUAGGAUUCGUGAAUUGGGACAGCCUUCGUCGCCGUGCUUUGACGUAAUCGCCUAUAAAUCCGUCCUUCCAGGGAUGCAGCCCCUGAACUGAGACACCCGUGUGGUUACUUGUAAAGAGGAGGCCACAUUCACCCCUCUAGAUUAAAUCCUACAUCAGAGAACAUAAACAUGUCUGAUCAGGUAAGUGUCACAUCUGCUUUGUUUUGUUACGUAAGUCAGACUGCUGUAACCCAGAUUCCACGACAUAUCCGAACCUCUCUAGUUACAUAGGCGAGUUUUUUAAGAAGGGCAGUCUGCACGGAGCAUCGAUAGGCAGCAAGCGCUGUAUAUUGACCUGAAAACUUUUUCAAUAUGUCUCAAAUUAAGAUACUACUUGGGUCAGACUUUACACCGUGACGCUUUUACAGCUAUUUGGGGAAAAGCAGCUGCCUCAGAGGUCGUCUCUGUAUGUGGGAAGACCUUUAGUUUUAUGUGGCAUUUCAUGCUAUUUUCAUGCAUCAAAGACAUAAAAAUCAAAACCAACACCAUCCAUUUGUCAGUGUCUAAAUGAUUCCCUCCUUCAUUUCUCUGAAUGCCAGGAAGACAGCUGGGAAUGCAUUGAUGCAGGACUGGGAUCUUGGGCAAAACAAAAGAAGCAAAUUCUCUGUAUUUUUAGCCUAAAUGGCACUAAAUAAAUAUUUUUAAUGAUUUCCACAAAUCAUACAUUUAAUUAGGAUGGACAAAUACACUUUAACACAUCUUUAUAAAUUAAUUUGACUUGCUGCCCCAUCGUUUUUUAUUUAUAUUGGCAGAUUAAGAUGCAUUUAGAGCUCUAGUAAACCACGCAUGUUUUCCAGACUGUAUCUCUGAUUUAGACGAGGUCACUAAAAAAGCGAAAGCAGAGAAAGUGCCUUAAAGUGCAGCGCCACUUUUGGCCAGUAGACUCCAGUGGAAUAUCAGUGUCAACCAGUCCUGUGCAGUACUAAUGGAUAUAUUUUUCUCACAGGUCAUGAAGGGGAUCAACCCUUCUGAUGAGGUGCGGGCAGCUUUUUCCAAAGUGGUUUUGAAUUUAAAUUAGCAUUUUCUUGCUAGAGAGAUGCUUUGCCCAAGGCCUGAAAACUAGAAUCCUCAAACUACAGGUGACCUCAAACCGACCUCUUCGAUUGUUAUGCAUUUUUGCCUUUUUACAAAAAAAUAUAUUUAUGUUUGCAUGCUACAAGAGCAGUUUGUCAUGGGGGGGUCAUAGAUGUACACAGACAUAUUUGUUGGCUCCCUGGUUAGGAUUUGUACACCUUUUUAUUGAAGUAGUGAAAACUCAGAGAUUCAAUUUACGCACUUUUAUUUACUAUGAAAAAAGUACAAAGAAGGGGAAAAACCCCAAUUUGUACCUCUAACAAUGAUGAUCACGGUUUCUAAACCUCUGGAAACCAGAGUAGACAAGGACCCAUAUUUAUGGUGCUGCCUUACAAUGAGCAGCAUGAUGAGGGACAGGAGAAAUCUCCAGAGUUCACCGAUGGAGAGCUGCAGGGAAUAGGGACAUAAUCGGGUGCGCUAGAUCUCCAGAACAACCUUUGGACCCGGUGUACAUGCAAACUAAUUGGCAGAUGUGCCUGAAAAAAAAUCCUGUUUGUCCUACCAUAACAAACAUAAAUGUGGGGUUUCUGUUCAUUGUAACUGGGAACUUAACUGGAACAUUUGGCUGAAUCAACACCAGCAGUUCAGCAGGCACAACAUGCCUUCUUCCAUGAGCAUCUCUGUCUCCAGACCUUAAAUUUUAAAAAAAGUUCUAAGAAUGUCCAGUGUCAGGAAACGGUACUGCAACAAAAGAUGAAUUUAUUUUACAGCUCUUUACACUUCUUUACCAGGAGAGCCAACAAAUUUGUCAACAUCUACAAAACCCGCUUUUGAAAGUGGCCCGUUGCUUAGCGGGGACAAUCGCUGUUGGUUUUGCUUUUUAUGGGAUUUAUUGGAAACGUCACAUUAGAAAGUAGAAAAAAAAGGGACAAACCAAUGUUCAGGUAACGCUCAUAAAGCAACGUUGCGUCGGAGGUUCGCUGGGUUUGCGACACGCUUCAGCACUGUGGAAGACAACCCCCGCCACACCAGCACCAACAACGUUCCUUCCCUCUGUCGAGGCUUUCAGAGCUGUGUGUGACGGUCUUUUCUGCCAUUGUAUGUUUUUAAAUGGUUUGACAUGUAUAACCCUUCCACAUGCGGGUUUAUGUACUGUAUAAUCAGCUGUUUUCAUUAGAGAACGUGUGUGUAUCAAAAGAAUUGUUAAUCAUGGUAACUUUAAUGUCAUUAGUUGGAUAAUGGAUCAUUGUUGGCACUGUAUACAUUCUAUAUGUUAGAAAACUAUAAAGCUGUUGUAAAAACAUCAGUGUCAUGCACACAUAGAUACACGAUGCAUGUAUGACAGAAACUAGUCCGCUGACACUAGGUCAGGCAGUUAAAGAUGCAAUGGACGGUUCCUGAUUUUAUUUUGUGACGCUGAAGGUUUUUCUUUUCUAUGAUCAGUUUUGCAACCGCGUCGUUUGUGGUUCUGCGUUGCCUUAACGAGGUAACUACAACAAAAAAAAAGGUUAUUUGCCAAUUUGAGCAACGGUGAUAUUAUAUUUGGAGAUGAUGGACUAUUUAACUGCAAAUUUGCUAGAAAGGAAGAGGGGGGAAAAAAAGCUUUUUUAAAUAUGUAAACUACUCCACAUAUUUUGUAACACAUUGUAAUUGCCAUUAUUUUCUAUUUAUUUUUUAAUCAUAAACAUCAUUGUACCCACAUUUACUUUGUCCUCCCCCUAACCCCUGGAUCUAAAUUAAAAGUCCCUUUAUUUGGCAAAAGAAAA